GACGACGCGCUGGGCGGUUCGCGAAGUGGCGAAAUCCUCUUCUAUUGCUCCCGGGUUGCCUCCGUGGACCUUUCGGCCUUUGAUGCAUCCAGGUGCUCGGCCGAUGCCCGGCGAACAGCGGCCGCCUUCGCCGAGGAGAUCGGGAAAGGCUUCCACACCUGCUCGGAGCUCUCAGCGGCUCGAGCCCAGGCGCCCAGCCAGGAUGCCGGCUUGGACCUCAGCGUCUUAGCGGAAGUCGCAGGCACCGCGGCCGCGGAGGAGUGGCAGCAGCAGGAGGAGCGCGCGGCGCCGCUGUUGCAGUUCCUCCGGGAAAUUCUCUUCCAGCUGAUGCAGGGGCUCGGCUUUCGACUCCGCAUCGUGGCCGUCACUUGGGUGCGGAACUAUGCAGACCACCCCGGCGACAGCCACGGCGAUGGCGAUGGCAGUAGCCGGACGCUUUGUGCGGCCUCCGUG